AUGUGUGAAUUACCACACCGCAUCGAAGUGACCAAUGUGCAAAAUUGUGAAACAUUUCAGCAUCCGCUUGUUCUGCUCAAAGGCAGCAUCGAUGACCCCUGCGAAGGCGUCCAACUGAAGGUGGUUUCCGGACAGCAAACGCCGGUAUCAUUUUGUCACACCAUUGAAGACACUGACCAUCACGCAAAGCAUCGCAAGUUUCGGUUGCUGCUACGGCUGCAGGAAGGGAAAAAUGAAAUCGCUUUACGGUGCUGCACGACGGAAGUGCGAUUAGCGUACUACUACAGUCGGCCAAACAAUCCGCACACCAUCAUUCCACUGUACAUCGUAUGCAAAGGACACCACGGGCGCUACCAGUCGCAUGAAAGCGACCAGCGAAAUACUAUCGAAAAUGGCUGCCGUAAAGUUACGCUGGCCAUCGAGCUGCUGCAGUGUUUGUACGCCGAGAAGCUGCACGAGCAUGGCUUCGGUCGUAAAACAUUCACUCUCGGCAGAGGCUGCGUGCCAUUCUACAGCCAGCUCGACUACAUCCGUUCGACCAGCAUGUGUGAGGCGGAACUGUGGCAGCAUUUUGCCACCGAGCUGCUACAAUCGGAAGCGUACGAUAUGUCGCGCGCCAAAGUGGUGGCCUUUCUGAGCAGCACCCACUUUGACGGCAUCACCGAUGGGGACUUUUCGUACGCCAACAUCCGUAGCAAAACCACCGGCCAUGCUGCGCUCGGUGGCGGAGGAUUGGCACUGUUCGGGACCGGAUGUCUGUACACUUGGCCCACGACACUCGAGGGAGUUGCCGAAGGAUUUUUGAACCGGCAACCCGUGGACUGCCGCCAGCUGCUGGACGACAGCAACUACAGACGGACGUUUGGAGGUUGCUAUGCCACAACCCUAGGGUCGGUGUGCCAUGAAAUGGGGCACACGUUCGAUCUGGGCCAUACACCGGACGGAUCCAUAAUGGGUGAUGGGUUCGAUGGAAUUGAACAUGUGUUCGUCGGGCGUACGGAGCCCUAUUGCAACGGCAGUGGCGUUGGGCCCCGCCGUUUAGUAAACACUAAACCCGGUGGCCCAUCGGGGAAACUCACGCAGCUCAAACGGCCUGGCGAUGUUUUUCGGCAGCUCGCUGAAGCCAAGUGUAACGAUGGAAUUUUUUUCGCACCCAACAGUGCAUUAGCACUGAACCAUCAUCGGUGGUUUAACGCCAAUCUGCACGACGGACCCGGUGCGAACGAAACAAUCCAGUACAAGAUCGAAACACGAGUGGCCACCAGCUACGGGGCACCGAUAGUGUUGGUUGAGCUACGGCUUACCGUAAACGGAAUGAUGCAAAAACACUGGACAUUCCAGGAAGCACCGACACCGCAGUCAUCGUUUUUGCUACCGAAGCUUCCCAAUUUGGUUAACCAAACCCUUUUCAUAAUGAACGCCAUGGGCACCAUACUGAAGGUGGACCUCUGCCGAAUGGAGUAG